AUGAAGUCUCUUCCUCUAUUGUCUCAGCAACAUCCUGUGGCUCUUCCUCCCCUUAAACGGCAUCAUUCAAUGCCCGCAUCCGAGCAAGUCUUUUUACAGCCUUGUAAUAUUUACCGCAGCGGUUCAACUUCCACAAUCUCAACCACAAGCACUCUCGAAACACCAUCUUCUCAAACACUCCCUCUUACACCACUUAAAAACAAUAUUCACAAAGAUUUUUAUACUACUACACCUAAAAUGCAACAUACAGCUACACCUAUAUUACUGGAUAAUCUUUCGUGUGGACAGCCUAUUCUUAAAAAAAGCCGACCAUGUCUUGAGAGCAUUAAAAUAACGCGUUGCAACACAUAUCCUGAAUAUAGUGAUGAUCCCUACUGCACGUCUACAUCAUAUUUUGCUUAUAGUCCAUCAUUCCCUCAAUCUCUUACAGAUUCUUUUUACGAUAAGUCAUCAGCACAAAUCAUGGCUGCUAGCAAUGUACUUAACUAUUUUCAACAUCACUAUGGUCAACAAGAGUCGUCUAAUUCGUAUAAAGAUAGUCAUUAUCUUCCUUUGGUUGUCUCUUCUCUCGAUAAAACUCAUAUUUGUGAUAUUUGUAAUAAACGCUUUAAACGUUACGAGCAUCUUAAACGUCAUGAGCGCUCACAUACCAGUGAAAAACCAUUUCAGUGUAGUAUAAGAGAAUGUGGACGAUGGUUUUCACGUAGCGACAAUCUACGAGCUCAUUUACGUACUCAUUUCAGACGCGGUGGUCGUAAUUUAUUUGUAGGAAACCCUGAUGCCAAUGAUGAAAUUAACUAUAUGGUUGCGGACACAACAAAUUCAAAUGCCUUUGAAAAUUAA